UAAUUACUUCACAAAAUGUAAUACCGGUCAGAAUUCCAAAUAAACCUCUUCAUUUCACAAUCUCAUCUGGUUCAGAAAUAGAAAACAGCAAAAGCUCGGGAGGGCGAGGCAAAAGAUCGCAUAUGUAAAGAAUACGUAAUAAAUAUUAAUGAAGGGCCCCUUCCCGCCAACCAGGCCCUGGGAAGAUGUUCGCAAGGCCCACUGGAGCCACGCCCUCUUAUAAAUAUGCAAAUAAACUGCCAGCCGCGCGCUGCCCCGCCCUCUACUCUUCUCCCUCGCAACGGACUCUCCCUUCAAACGGGAAACAAGAUGGCGGCGGCGGGUCCGAGUACUCGGGCCUCUUCCGCAGCGGUAGCUACGGCUCUGAGUCGGCGGGGCCGGCGGGGUCGCUGUGAAGAGAUGGCGGCAGCAAAGACUGGGGCCCCGGGCCCGGCCUCUGGCCCCGCGUUGUUGGUACUGCCGUCGCCGCCGCCUUCGCGACCGGAGGAGUCCGGCUGCGCCGGGUGCCUGGAGACUCCGGGGGAAGCGGCGGCCCUGCCGUGCGGUCACUCGCUGUGCCGAGGCUGCGCCCAACGCACCGCCGACGCAAUUUAUAUUCAGAGCACCAAUCAAACUGAGCAAGCCUGGGGAACAUCGUGAGGAAUAUGAAUGCCUGAGAAAGCUGAGAGAAGAAAAGGUACAGGAGGAGAAAACCUCUGAAGAGCAGAUCCACAAGCUGUUACCAGAAGAUACAGAAACAGGGAAGAAGAAAAUGGAUGAACAGAAAAAAAGAGAUGAGCCAUUAGUAGUAAAAACAAAUCUGGAACAUUGCCUUGCACGUCUCUCAGAUUCAGAGAAUGAAGAACCUUCUCGAGGCCAGAUGACACAGCCACAUCGCUCAGCGUUUGUUUCCAAGAACAACUCCUACUCCAUAGCUUUCCUGGCAGGAAAGCUAAACUGCAAGGUGCAGAGGAGUCAGAGCUGCAGUGACACAGCUCAGGACAGAGUGAAGAGCAGACUCAGAGCAGUUCCAACCAAAAAAGCCAAGGUCACUACUAUGACUCCAGCCUCCAACCCCAUCAUUGGUGUCCUUUUGUCCACUCAGAACAACCGCUGUCUCUCGGCCCCUGACUUGACCAUCGAAAAGCGUCUGCCCUUCAGCUCCUUCUCCUCUUUGGCUUCCCUGCAUAAGCCAGAGCGCUCCAUCAGCCCAGAGAGCAAUGACAGCAUCUCCGAAGAACUAAACCAUUUCAAGCCCAUUGUCUGCUCACCGUGUACUCCUCCCAAGAGACUCCCUGAUGGCCGUGUACUAAGUCCCCUCAUCAUCAAGUCAACGCCUCGCAACUUAAACAGAAGCCUGCAGAAGCAGACUUCUUAUGAGGCCAGCCCACGGAUCCUCAAAAAGUGGGAACAGAUCUUUCAGGAGCGACAGAUCAAAAAGACCCUUUCAAAAGCCACUCUCACCUCCCUGGCCCCUGAAGCAGGGGAAGACUUCCUAAGUUCUGAAGUUAUCCAUUCUAGCAAGGAGAAGCCACUUCUGGCUUUAAAUACAAGACUGUCCAGUGGGCAUAUGCUUUCUGAGUGCACUGUUCCUGAGUAUUUCCCCUCUGUUAGCCAAACACAGGCAGAGCAUGGCAAGGAUAGUAAAAAGAGCACUGAGAUCCCAUUGGAAACCUGUUCCUCAGAACUCAAAGAGGGAAUCAGAGGGACUUCUUUGGAGGGGGAGCAGUUUGAGGGGGCAGGGUCAACCCCAGAUACUAAGUUAGACAAAACCUGUAUAAGCACAGCCGUGAAAAUACCAGCGGUUAAUUCAGUGGUACCCAAAAGCAAUGUUUUUGGUGGGGUCCUCAAAACAAAAAAACAGCUGAAGACAUUAAAUCAUUUUGAUCUGGCUAAUGGUGUUAUGGUAGACAGCCUACGGGAGGAACCACUUCCUUCUUUGCGUCGGGGUCAGAAAAGACGUUGUAAGACCAAGCACCUGGAGCAAAACGGCUCUCUUAAGAAACUGCGACAAACCAGCAGUGAGGUGGGGCUGGCCCCAGCAGACCCAGUACUGCGAGAGAUGGAGCAGAAACUGCAGCAAGAGGAAGAAGACCGGCAGUUGGCUCUGCAGUUGCAGCGCAUGUUUGACAAUGAGAGGCGGACAGUGAGUCGCCGAAAAGGAAGUGUUGAUCAGUAUCUCUUACGGUCCAGCAGCAUGGCUGGGGCCAAGUAGCACCUAGUGAACAGUGUUACCUAUUUUUAAGAGGUCUUUGACAUUGAUCAUUUA